UUGAGUAUGGAGUGGCUUCGAACGUCAGAGGGCGCUAUCUAGGGGUGGAAUGACGCUGUAGGAACCUCCCGAGACUCAUGCACCCCGCAACCGGCCAUUUUUAGUAGAGGAUAAUGAUUGGUCUCGCCUAUUGACAACAUUCAGAAACCUCAAUCGGAUCCAGGGAAAUAUGCAUAGAUCAUUUCCAUUCGUCGUUGUAUCAGUAUUCCAAUCUGCUCUUGCUUUGGUACAGAAGGAUGGAGUGGGCAAGCUCCCAGCACUUGGGUGGAAUUCGUGGAAUGCCUUUGCUUGCGACGUGAGCGAGGAGAAGAUCAUGACUGCAGCAAAUGAGAUGGUGAAUCUCGGCCUCAAAGACGCGGGCUAUGAAUACGUGAACGUCGAUGAUUGCUGGUCCGUCAAAGCAGGGAGAAACAGCAGCACCAACCAACUGAUUCCCGAUCCAACCACGUUCCCCUCGGGAAUCAAAGGCCUAGCAAAAAAAAUUCACGCCCUUGGUCUCAAAAUCGGCAUCUACAGCGACGACGGCACGACAACCUGUGCUGGUUACCCAGCGUCCCUGGGCUACGAGUCGCUCGAUGCCGCCACUUUCGCCGCAUGGGGUAUCGACUACCUCAAGUACGACGACUGUAACGUUCCGCCAGAAUGGAUGGAUCAGUAUGAGAGCUGUGUACCCGAACCUCGCGAUUCAUAUCCCGGCCCAUUCCAAAACGGCACUUGCCCACCCAAGUACUAUUCACGCCCUCCCCCGCCAGCGAGCUACGACUGGAGCACAAGCAACACCACCAAGCGGUACAACAUUAUGAGAGACGCCCUCUUCGCACAGAAUCGCACAAUUCUAUUCAGUCUUUGCAACGGGGGCCAGGCAGAAGUUUCAACUUGGGCAAGUGCCACUGGAAACUCAUGGCGGAUGUCAGGCGAUAUCACACCAAACUGGUCCCGGAUCGUGUAUAUCCUGAACGAGAACAGUUUCCUGCUCAAUUCCGUUGAUUUCUGGGGUCACAAUGAUGCGGAUAUGCUCGAGGUGGGGAACGGAAAUUUGACGCUAGAGGAGAAUAGGAGUCAUUUUGCUUUCUGGGCUGCGAUGAAAAGCCCACUGAUUAUUGGGACCGCGCUUGACGAGUUGUCAAGUGAGCUGGUUGAUGUGUUGAAGAACAGGUAUUUAUUGGCGUUUAAUCAGGAUGCAGUGUUUGGGACGCCGGCGAAGCCGUAUAAAUGGGGAACUAACGCGGAUUGGACAUGGAAUUCGACAAGUCCGGCCGAAUAUUGGAGUGGCGCGAGUGGGAAUGGGACGUUGGUGCUGGCGUUCAACCCUUUGGCAAGUGCGGUGCAGAAAGAGAUUGUUUGGAGAGAGGUUCCGGAAUUGAACAGUGGUGGUGCUGCGUUUGAAGUUACGGAUGUUUGGACUGGGGAAAAUGUUGGGUGCGUAAGUGGCGGGAUUAAUAGGACGGCUGCGAGUCAUGAAACAGUGGGGUUUGUGGUAGGAACAGAGUGUCAGGGAACUUUACAAAGUAGUAAUUCGGUCGGUUCAUUGCGUUCUCAGACAUCCUCUGUUAGGUCAGGUCCGAUGACUUCGGGGGAUGGGAGAGGGGUGAAACCUGUUCGGGAGGAUUUAUAAAUCUGGAUAAGACGAUCGCUUUGCGGAUCUACAGAAACGCUGCCACUAGUUCAACGAAGUCCUGCAUUCCUUUGAGCGCAAGUGACAGAAUCAUAGUUGAUCAAGCAGUCUCUUUUCUUGGCGAUGUAUCCUCUCUCUAUACCGAGACGAAACCAUCGAAGCAAAAUUCAGGGGCCGCUUGCGUCUUUGCUCCUCGACAACUCAUCCGCAUUCCUUCCGUGUCAAAUUUUGACUCGUCCUGUCGACCAAGCCGCUUCCGAGAUUGAAGUCCUGCAACGACACAACUCCAACAGAAACCGAAGAAAUCAAUAUAAU